AGUCACAUAAAAAAUAUCGUUCUAAGUUAAAAAUAUUUAAGCCGGGGUUCCGACUAAAGAUUAUUUGUGUUUGUUUAUUACAUUUACCUUAUUUAUUUUAUUAGAUAAGUAUAAUAACAAGUCCAAGCUAUGCUAAUAACUCGACCUACUUUUUAUUGAAUUCUGAGCACAUGAUUUUUAAUUUACCUUUCUUGUAAAAUUUCAUAAAAUUACUUCUUAAAUAUUGAGGUUGAGGUUUAUUCUAAAAUUUAUCAAUCAUGUCAAGUACUACUGCACCAGAAUUUAAAUUACCACUACCUCCAAAGGAAAAAUUUAACAUCAUAUUUCCAGCUGAUCAUGAAUUUAUUGAACCAAGAAAAGCAAUAAAAAGUCCAACUGACAUGGCAACAUGGGAAAAAUCAGAAGCAUACUUUGAAUACUUUGGAUUUUUGAUGGCAAUUAACGAUGCUGUGAAAGGCAAGGCAAUCGAUUCAAAUUAUCCAUGUUCAUCAACUGUAGAUAAAAUUAUUCAAAUGCUUAACAAAUUUGACAAAUGGAUAGAUGAAAUUCCUCCAACCGAGCAACCACAACGUUUUGGCAACCAAUCUUUCAGACUUUGGUAUGAAAGAUUACAUGAGAAUGCUGUAGAAGAACUAAAACAAAUUUUACCUGAAAAUCUUUACCCAGCAAUACCAGAAAUUGUCCAAUACUUACUGGAAAGCUUUGGAAAUGCUACUCGUAUAGAUUAUGGGACUGGUCAUGAAAUGGCUUUUGUAAUGUUUUUAUGUUGCAUGUUUAAAAUAGGUGCUUUUGAGAUGAAUGAUAAAACAGCAGUUGGGUUAAAAUUAUUCAACAGGUACCUUGAAGUAGUUCGCAAGCUUCAACUAACUUAUCGCAUGGAACCUGCUGGUAGCCAUGGCGUUUGGAGCUUGGAUGAUUAUCAGUUUGUUCCUUUCAUAUGGGGUAGUUCACAAUUGAUUGGCCAUCAUCGUAUUGAACCUGUGCACUUUGUUGAUCAUGGAAUUGCACAAGCAAACAGCAAACAAUAUAUCUUCCUUGGAUGUAUAGAGUUUAUUUCAAAGGUAAAAACAGGUCCUUUUGCUGAGCACUCCAACCAACUCUGGAAUGUUAGUGCAGUUGGAUCAUGGUCAAAAGUUAACAGCGGUCUAAUAAGAAUGUACAAAGCAGAAGUAUUAGCCAAGUUCCCUGUAAUACAACAUGUAUUGUUUGGGUCUUUAUUUUCCAUGAAACCAGUGCCCGAUAGUAUCGCUUUCAAGACACCAAGGGCUCCUAUUUCUACUUUAGAUCCCCGUUGAAAAAAUUCGUUAAUUCCUGAAGUUAACAACUUUAGUUUCUUCAUUAAUUAACAGAAUAAAUUCUUUAUCUAUAAGCAAAUGAUGAUUGAAAUGACUUAUCUUUUAUUGUAAUUAUGAGCAUAUUACAUGUAUGUAUGGAUUUGUAAAUAUUUUUCAGACCUCGAAUGGAUUUGCAUUAUUGAGUAAAAGUAUU